AACCAGCACAGCAAAGAACAUUACAGUACAUCAGUAUAUCAUUAAAUCAACAAUUCAGUUGGCGCACACAAUUUAGAACGUUCAGACUGGAUCUGCAUCUAUCAUACCGUCAGAUUGAAUCCUCUUCCAUCAUAUUUGACACUCCUGCCGGAGUUUGGCAUAUUUCUUGAUCAUUCAUUCUUAAAGCAAAGAGCAGAAUCGUUCAUGAUAGCAGCAAGAUGUACAGAUUAGACAACAGCAAUCAAUUUGCAUCUCAGGUAUCUAGGUAGGCAGCUUUUUAUUCCAUACAUAUUCUUUGGGGACUUUUACAUUAAUAGAAGAACUAUCAUUCCGUCCUCUAAACCUUUUGUAUUUGGCCUUGGCGCAUUCUGCGGCGGCUACAACCACAACUUUCAAAAAAAAAAAAAUUGGUUGCAUGGCUGCAGACAAAAUUCACUCAUUUUUUAUUUGAAAAAAGUCCAAAUUUGAUUACGGUUUUAGGUUCAAAAAGUCUGCGACUUUCAAAUUCCCCGUUUUGAAGGAUUUGAAUGAGUCCGCGCGAGGGGUGUUUUGAGAAUUUGACCAAGGUGGCUCUGAAGGCAACUUCUGAAUAUAUAGGAUAUCCUCUGUCAACAAAAGCACUGUUAGGCUACUACAGCUUCUCGUACAAUAACAGCAUACAAGCUGCAUCUUGCAUUUAUCGACAUGUCUCCUCCGUUCCUCCAAACGCUACCACGAGAGAUCCGCGACUCAAUCUACACUUACAUUCUGGGAAGCCCGGAUGGUGUCAUUACGUUCUUGCCAUGGUCUAUAGAGGUCGCGCGAUCACUUUCCAUACUUCGAACAUGCAAACAAAUACAUAGAGAAUGCAAGGAUGUAAUUUGGAAGCACAAAGGGUUGAGACUGCGGGAGUCUACUCAAUUAGAAUACAAACUCGAAAAUAUAUACUCGAUGCUUGGCGAAACAGCACGAUGGCAUAUACUUAUACAAUUGGAGGUGUUGGACUGGGAUGAAUUAGAAUGGGUCGGCAGAAGUCUGGCAUCAAUUGCAGGGUCUUUGCAAAAUCUGCAUGGUAUUACGAUCAAGGCGAAUAAAGAACGGCCACAAACGGUAGAGGAGUUCGAGGAUAUCCUUGAUCUAAGAGAGAAUGGGGAAAUAGUCGAUGGGAGGCUAUAUCAGGAGUACCCUGGUAUUCCUUCGGCAGACAAGGAACCUCGGACUUGGAUGAUAAAUACUAGUUGGCCUCGAUUGUCUCCUUGGGCAAAGAGGAAAUGGUUGGCUGAGAUGCUGAUUGAUACGGCAGAUACAAGGAAGCUGUUGUAUGGAAUUCAUAAUAAAUUUGGCGGACGUUUAUAUGUGGAUGGAGUGCUGUGCUUGAAAGAAGGGAGUCAGACUGUCGAAGAUUUCAAUCUUGACGCAAGAGAUGGAGAGAUUAAAAUUAUACCCGGACGUAGGAUAGAGAAUUGCUGAAUCAGGGUUGUUUGAUUUAUACUAGUUCUAGAACAUCCAAAGCUUUCGAGUCUAGGCUUGGUCACUUUUUGAAAACUAGUUCAAUUUACUCAUUACAACCAAA